GCCAAACACCGGCGCUCCCCACACCCCCGCCGCCGCCGGCCGCCGCCGCCUAUGCCCUUCCGCCCCACGCUCCCCCGCCGGUGCUCCCACGACCCCAAGCUCUCCUCCUUCCUCUCCGCCCUCGCCUCCCUCACCGCCUCCCCCUCUUCCUCCUCCUCCUCCCCUUUGCCGCCCGCCGGCUCGGUGCCCGCCUCCCCCACCCCCGCCGCCUACAACGCCCUCAUGUCCGCCUACUCCCGCGCCGGCCGCCACGGCGAGGUCCUCCGCCUCUUCCGCUCCCUGCCCUUCGCCCCCACGGCGCCGCUCUUCACCACGCUCAUCUCCUCCCUCGCCGCCUCAGGGCGGCCCCUCGCCGCGCGCGCCGCCUUCGCCUCGCUCCUCAAGUCCGGCGUCCCGCCCACCGCCUCCGCCUUCACCGCGCUGCUCAGGUCGUCGAGCGACGCGCUCGACUUCGUGGACAGCGUGUUCCGCGCCAUGGAGGCCCUGGGCUGCUCCCCGGAUGCCGCCGUCUACAACUGGGUCAUCUCGAUGCUCUGCGACUUCCAGCUGGUGCAGGAGGCCCUGGGGUUCCUCGACCACAUGCUCGAGAACGGACCGCGACCCACCGCUCGCUCCUUCACAGCGAUUCUACGUGCUUACUGCGAGCAGGGAAGGUUCUUCGACGCAGGGAGAUUAGUCGAUACGAUGAUCCAGAACGGUUGCCCACCGGAUGUAGUAUCAUACACCGUGCUCAUUGAGGGGCUCUGCCGUGUUGGGGAAUUCAGCACGGUGGAAAUGAUCUUAGGUGAAAGUGAGUCGCAAGGGUGGAUGCCAACUGCUGUUACAUAUAAUAUUUACAUGUCUGGCUUGUGCAGGAUGGGGUUCUUGGAUGAGGCAUUUCGUCAAGUAGAUAUCAUGCGCGGCAGAGGGCUGUCCGUGACAGCUGAGACAGUGCAUAUUCUCUUCGAUUGUUUGUGCCGAAAUGCAAUGUUUUCAGAAGCAGUGUGCUUGCUGGAACAUAGUGAAGAGCUGGGCUGGGAUGUUGAUGUGUUUUGCUAUAACACUCUGAUGAGUAGGCUUUGUGACGUUGAUGAUUUUGCCAGGGUCUUGAAGCUGCUGGUUGAUCUGUUGAAGAAGGGCAUUGGACCAGAUAAGUUUAGUUUUACCAUUGCAAUUCGGAGCCUCUGCCGAGCUGGGAAACUUCGGCUGGCAAAGUGCCUUAUAGAAAAUAAGGGGAUUAAGUAUGAUGUUGUGGCUUUCAAUACCUUGAUUCAUGGGUUCUGCAUAGCUGGGGAUUUAGACAGGGUUCAGCAAACUCGUACAGAUAUGAUCAAUAGGGAUGUUAUUCCAAAUAAUUUUACUGAUGCAAUGCUGAUUGAUAGUUUAUGUAAAGAGCGAAAGUUUGGCGAGGCAAAAAGAUUUGUUCUUGACUCUUUGGUAAAUGGUUUGGUGCCUGAUCAUCUUAUUCGUCUGAAUAAUUGGUUGGUAAAAGCAAAAAAAAUGACACUGUUACUGAAGUUACUCUAUGAAAUACGCUGUAAAGGAAUUGUGGUAGAUACUUCCAUUAUCAGUCCAUUGGUUAGGGUAUUUUGCUGGGAGGGGUACUGUCGGCGUGACAAUUUCUAUCAAAUUUCACCUAUACUUGACAUUAUAGUAACAUAUGUCGAGCAGUAAUGGAGCGCAGAGCAGUGUGAUUAUGUGAAACUCAUUUUGGUUUUAUUCUCUGCUAAGCAAACAAUGGUUGACAAUUGCUACAUCAGAGAUAAUCAUCUUUCAUCAGGGGAGGAAUAGCUGAGUUUGAACAAAUGACACUUAGAUUUGAGGAGUCCAUUCGAAGCUAUCAAGUUUAAAUGUGCUUUUAGAUAAAUAAUGGACAGAGAGGUAUGCUUUUUUUUGGGGGGGCUUGUUCUGUAUUUACUCCCACAAGGGCAAUCCCUAUGCUGAAAUCAUUGUAUUAUACCACCUCUGUUUUUUUGUGAAAGAAAAUCAUUGUUGUACUAGAUAUUUUUGGAGAUGACAUGUCCUUUUGUUGUAAUUUUGACUCUUCAAUAGAAACUUCAAUAAGCCCCAGGUUCUUUUUAGAAAAACCGAAUCUGACUUUCUUUUGUUUAUUAAUGGUGACAAUCACCUAAUGGUCUGAAAUGCCCUUCCCUUGAAUAGGAGCCAGUGGUGACAAGUCAUGGGUAUGGCUAAUAUGCUGGAAGGUGCACUUGUUGACAUUAUAAGUUCUCAACCAAGGUCUCUUCUGCAUAUACAUAUGAAUGCAACCUUGGAAAUGAAGGGUGGUCACGCAUUUGUCAAGUGUACUCAUCUGAUAAGAUGUCUGAGAGCAUGUCUAGUAUGAACACAUUUGUUCAUUCAACUUUGGAUCAUCGAUGUGAAUUUAUCAUUUUAGCCGAGUAACAGGACCAUCUUCGUUUUCAUUUGGGGUGUGGAAGGCUGGAAGCUGCUAGGGGCGCAUCAACCUACUUAGAUUUGCCUACCCAUUUGGAUGAUGAUAAAUCACAUGGGCUACACAAUAUACAUUCGGUGUGCCCUACUUGGAAAGUGAUGUGCUGUUAGAAUGAGAAUGGCAUAGGCAUACUGUAAUUAGCAUAAGAGUUUGUUGGAUGGACCUUGUAACUCCUGUCUCCUAAGUUCCCUGAGAUGGCACUGUAAUAGUAACUAGCACUUCUGAGUCGUGUGUGGAGCUCUCAGACCUAACUUAUUUGCUAGUAGAUGAGUAGAGACACAGAACUGCUUAGUGCUACUGUUUACUGCCUGAAACACAGUUCAUUCUUCUGGUCAAUUCAAUAGGGAAAUGUUGAUACUUCA